AUGCGCAGUGUAUGUCAGACUACAUUUUUACCUCGGUAGCAACGGUCAACAUGCGUUCCCUAGUAUUAUUCGCCCUCCUCUCAGUGGCUGCGGCCAAGCCUAAGCCUGGAGGUCUUCUCGGAGGUUAUGAUGGAUGGGAUGGAGGGCUAAGUUAUGGACACGGGGCACUCACAAUCGCACAGCCCGCCCUCACUGUAGCGCAUGCCCCUGUGAUCCAAGCCGCCCCAGUGGUCCACGCCGCCCCAGUGGCCAUCGCGGCCAAAGCGGCCACUAGCUACUCAUCCUUCCAGAGAGUGAUCCAUCCAGCAGUAGCGCAUCAAGUAGUGGCCCAACCCGUGGUCCACGCUGCCCCAGCUGUGGUCGCCCAACCAGUGGUCCAUGCCGCCCCACUGGCCAUCUCGCAUGCCCCCAUCGCCUCCUACGGCUCCAUCGGCUCCAUCGGUCAUGGCUGGGGCCACGGCUGGUAGGGUAGUGUAUGUUAAAUGUAAAUAAUUGUUCACGUCAGAUCGUUGUAGCGCGUUGAGAUCAUGCCCAGAGUGUCGGGGUGGUGCAAAUAAAAUAAAUAAAUAUUUAUAUCAGUAUUUUUA